UUUGUUGUCACUCGAGACAGAGCUGGCUCACAAAUCCGUAGGAAUAUCUUUUGUCUAGGCUUGAAUUUAUUUUGAAAAAUUUCGAUCUAGAUAGAUCUAGAUCUCUAGAUCUGUCUGAUAUACCUAUUCAUAAAAUACUCAAAAGUUCAAAUUCAUUCAUAUAAAUUAAAAAAAAAAUGGCUCUGCCAACUAUGCAGGGCUACUGGUCUUCCAGGAAAAACAUGUAUGAGCAGGCAAUAGUCAGACACAGAAAUCAUGAAGACAAUUUCAGGAACCAGUGGACUCACACUGCCAACUACUUCAAAAACUCUGAUGUUUGGGCAGCAAAGCAGAACUCCUGGUCGUCCUCACAAGGUUUUCAAGAAAGUAUGGAAGCUUACAGGGAGUCAAAAAACCAGGAUAAAAAAGCUUUAGAGUUGAAAGCAAGGAAAGAUAAGCUGUCAUUGUUGUUGGCUGAAGAAAACAAAGCUUAUGAGGCUGAGUUAAAGGGUUAUUCAAAAUCAAACCAUGAAAGAUUGGAAGAAAUGAAAGUAAAGGCUGAAGGCUUGAAAAGUGCCAGAGAGGAAAAAAGGCAAAAGAUUGCAGAGGAGAAGUUGUACCAACACUGGCGUGAGAACAACCCUGCCCUGAGAAAGGCAGAGUCUGCCCUACUCCAGGAGCAUGUGGUUGGUGAGUGGGGAGACCAAGUGGCAGAGAAAGAGGAGAGGCUAGAGUCAGCUAGACGAGAAAAGCUAGCCAUAGAGCAACAGAUGGAAGAAGAGAGAUUAGCAGCGAUAGAGCUGGAGAGACGAAAAGAGGAGAGGAGGCUGCAAGAAGAGAAGUCCAUCAAAAAUAUACUCAGGGAGCAGAUGAUUGAGUUCAAGGCCAGAGAAGCUGAGGCAAAAGCAUGGAAAGAACAGCAAGAUUUGUUGUUGAGAGAGAAGUGGGAGCUACAACAGUUGGAGGAUCAGCAGAAAAGAAGAGAAGAAGAGCGCAGAAAAAAAGAUAUUGGGCGUGCACUGUUGAGGCAACACAAAGCUCAGAUGAUGCACAAGUCAAAAGUCAUUCAAGAAGAAUUAGAACAAGAUAGAAAGUUGCUGGAGUCAUUGAUAGAGAAAGAAAAUGAACAGACUGCUCUUCAGACUGCGAGGAAAGAAAAAGCCAGAGCUGAUGCCCAAUGGAUGAAACAAGUGAUAGAUGAUCAACUGAGGCUAGAGAAAGCAAGAGAGGCUGAGCUGGAUAUGUUGUAUCAAGAUGAGGCAGCGAGGAUGUGGCAGAAGAGAGCGGCUGAAUGGGAAAGAGAGCGACAAGCUCGUCAGAGACUAAUGUCUGAGGUGCUAGAGAGCAGACAAGAGCAGAUCGCCCAGAAGCUGGAGGAGCUACAGCAGCAACAGGAGGAGUCUCUCCAGCGUAGGGAGGAGCUGGUCAGGGAGAUGGAGAUAGCCCAGCAGAUGACCCGCAGGGAGGAGGAGAAACAGAAACAGAACAAGCAGGCGACUAAAGAGGAGUUAGAAGAACAGAUGCACACACGUAGGCUGAAGGAAAGAGAACUCCAGGAGAACCUGAGACUGGAGUUGGAGGAAGAUAAAAAUGAAGAGAUGUACUAUGAAGAUUUGUUGAAGCAAGAAACUGAGAGGAUGCGCCUGAAAGGCUACACACCUAGAGACCAUGGGAGGAGACAAGCUUGGAUGUGAUCUGUGAUAAUGUUUGAUUGACAUGUCUAUUUAUAGUUUUAAAAAUAUUGCUUUUAUUUGCUUGAAUGGCAGGAAGCAAGAAUUAGUGUGAGUUAAUCAAAAAGUUCACCAGGAAUAUCUUGAGUGUAGUAUGGGUAGCAUUUUUUCUAAGUUUUCUCAUUUGUAAACUUUGCAUUUAAAACAAACAUAAUUACUAAACAUUCCUUAUUAUUUGAACAUUUUAUAUCCUUUACACUAAGCUUUUAGUUCAAAAUUAGUUUUAGAGUACUCUCUUCUUGACUAUUUAAAUUAUAUUGAACUCUGUAUAGACUUUUAAAAUUAGUUAAACUUUGUUGUAUCCUCACUGCACACUGUAAUUUGCUUUCCCCCACUGCCAUUGUAGGAGAUUCAAGCAAGUAGCUCACUACGAUAAUUGUACCAUAAUUUUGUGUACUAAAAUAAAUUUCUUGUUUUUAAA